AUGUCCUUUCCCAACAGCUCUCCUGCUGCUAAUACUUUUUUAGUAGAUUCCUUGAUCAGUGCCUGCAGGAGUGACAGUUUUUAUUCUAGCAGCGCCAGCAUGUACAUGCCACCACCCAGCACAGACAUGGGGACUUAUGGAAUGCAAACCUGUGGACUGCUCCCGUCUCUGGCUAAAAGAGAAGUUAAUCACCAAAAUAUGGGUAUGAAUGUGCAUCCUUAUAUACCUCAAGUAGAGAGUUGGACAGAUCCGAGCAGAUCUUGUCGAAUAGAGCAACCUGUUACACAGCAAGUCCCUACUUGCUCCUUCACUACCAAUAUUAAGGAAGAAACCAAUUGCUGCAUGUAUUCCGAUAAGCGAACCAAACUCAUUUCUUCCGACGUCCCUUCUUACCAGAGGUUGGUCUCUGAAUCAUGCCCCAUUGAAAAUCCCGAGGUUCCUGUCCCAGGAUAUUUUAGACUGAGCCAGACCUACGCCACUGGGAAAACCCAAGAGUACAAUAACAGCCCCGAAACGAGUUCAACUGUAAUGUUACAGUUAAACCCUCGCGGCUCUGCCAAACCGCAGCUAUCUUCUGCCCACCUUCAGAUGGAAAAGAAAAUGAGUGAAAACCCCAGCAACCAAGACUCAGCUAAAGUCCCUCAAGUGGAAAGCCCCGAGCCCAAGUCCACUUUGCCAGAGGAGAGGAGCUGCCUAGCUGAAGUGUCCGUGUCCAGCCCAGAAGUCCAAGAGAAGGAAAGUAAAGAGGAAAUCAAGUCCGAUACUCCAACCAGCAAUUGGUUAACUGCAAAGAGUGGCAGAAAGAAGAGGUGUCCUUAUACUAAACAUCAAACACUGGAAUUAGAAAAAGAGUUCUUAUUCAAUAUGUACCUCACUCGCGAGCGCCGCCUAGAGAUCAGUAAGAGCGUUAACCUCACUGACAGGCAGGUCAAGAUCUGGUUUCAAAACCGCAGAAUGAAGCUGAAGAAGAUGAGUAGGGAAAACCGAAUCCGAGAACUGACGGCUAAUCUGACCUUCUCUUAG